GAGAGAGACACACACACACGGGGGGGGGGGAAGGCAAAAAGCAUCUGAGAAGGGAGAAGGAACGGGAGUGUGAGACAGCUAUGAAAUUCAUCCAAGCUAUCUGCUUACUGCUUUUCUGUCCAGCUUUGAGCCUCAACACCAGACAAAGCUACGAUGGGCUGGAAAAGAGGCUAAAGGAGGUCUUCAGUGAAAGGAGCAGCAUCCUGCACCAGCUCUCCAAGACAUCAAAGGAGCUGGACAGCAUAAAAGACAACCUUCAGUCGCUGAAAAAUGAUGACUCAGUGGCCAAGAAGGAUGUGCAGAGGAUUCUGGAGCUCAGCCACAAACAGAGAGAGGAGAUGAAGUCCCUCCAGGCAGCCUUGCAGAAGCAGCUGGAUGAGGCAAAUGAGAGAGCGGAGAAGCAGCAAGCCACGAUCAAAUUUCUGAAAGUGGAGAUGGAGAAAAAAACCAAAAUCAUCAAGGAUUUACAGCAAGAGAACAAGAGCUUGAAAACGAAACUACUUUCAGGACACAAACUUUGUGACGCCUAUGCUGAAGAGUCGAAAAAAAUCCAGGCUCAACUGAAAGAACUGCGGUACGGGAAAAAGGAUUUAAUUUUUAAGGGCCAGCAGCUAAUGGACCUGGAGCACAAGUUAACCAUCGCCAAGGAAGAACUGGAGAAGACCGCACUGGAUAAGGAGUCGCAGCUGAAGGCGCUGAAGGACACAGUUCACAUCUGCUUCUCAGCUGUCCUGCACAACCAGCCCGGCAGCAGCCACAGAUUUCCCAUCUCCCCCACCCAUUUGUUCAGAUACCCAUCGCUCAUCAACAGCUCCAGAGUCACCUUUCAGCAGCCACAUGCCAAGGAUAUCUCUAAAGUUCAGAGAAUUGUCACAGCCAGUAAAUCACCCAUGAACAUCGGAGUAAUGAGGAGAGAGGACGGCGGAGUUAAAGCCUGCCAAAUGGAAAAGACCGGCGGCAGCUGCUCCCAGAAUCAGACGGAGGAAUCAGCCCCAGAGAGUAAAAAGCUACCAGAGCCACAGCAGCAAAGGAGCCAAGCGCAGACUGGAAAAUCCAACACAAAGCUCUCAGACGACAGAGACGAGGCAGAGGGAGGCAGCAGCAAAAAGACAAAGCCACAUGAAGACAACUGAGCGGACGGCCUAUCAUCCAAAAUGCAGAGCUCCUGCGUUGCCUGAAGGAUCUUUCUAAGAGCACACAGUUGCGCACUCACAAAAAAACACAUGUGCGCCCACACACACACACAUGCUCUCACACACACACACACGCAUAUCAGCAUUGUUUGCAAAAGCUGAGACACUGGAAUCGACAACAAAUUUUCGACUGUCAUCUGCAAACCUCCAUAGUAAAAUGGCAUGCAUUCUAGAAAUUCUUUUUAAUAAGGUAGCAAUGGCACUGGUAACUUGUUUCAUGAUCGUUCAUUUGUUGUUUAUUUAUCUGAGUUUUAUUCUGAGUGCAGACACUGCUUUCUAAAUGUGUGAUCUUUCUAGAAAAAUCCCUUUGCACUGGUGAGGUCUGACACUGUAUCCUGUGAUAUAAGUACAUCAAUUGACAAAUAAAAGAUACUACUACUACUACUAUUACUACUACCCAACUUAGAAUAUUGUUUGUCACUCAUUGUAGCAAGGUUAAUUUACUCCUCCACAUUUUGAAAUGUAGAGGCUCAAGUUGGCUGGCCAACUGUUCAACAUUUAAUAUUUCAGCACUCCUUCUGCCUUUAACACUCAAGAGGCAAAGAGCCAAAGACUCACAAUGGGUCGUCUCCCUGAGAAUGUGCCAUGCACUGAGUAGUAACUCCAAGCUACAUGUAUCUGUGUUAUCUGACCUUUCUGUGUCCUUUCAAUAAACUGUAAUUUUCAGUAAAUGUGUGAAGAAUAAAUGGUUAUUCGUGGGAAAGAAAUGAGUGAGCAUGUUUGUGAUCAACAGAGAAAAUGGUUGCAUUAGGUGUCAAACAAUACUAGAAGAGGAGGCACUGACACGUCUGAGGUUAGAAUAAAAUUAGUAUUUUCCAAAAUAGAAAUGAUCCGUCAAUGCAACUCUGAAAGUUGAUUUAGUGGAAUAAUUAUCUGAUACAAAUGAGGAAGGUCAGAGUAGGACCUCUGAUGUUUGAGCUGUCCAAAAUGCAAAUCCAGCCUCCAUUCACCGAGCAAUUCUAAAUAUUCUUUCACCUUAGGUGACUGAAAAUUAUUUAAGCAGUCAUUUUCUUUGGUUUAAUGAAGUCUUAUUUCACUGAAGCCACAUCUAAAUGCUGUUUUACUGUAAAAGGUUGACACCAGACAAAUUCAACCUUUUGAAUUUAUAUGCAGUGCAGUCAUCCACAAGUUGACCAUUAUUGCUGAAACGAUUAAUUGUUUUGAUUAAUCAUUCUAAAAAUAAAUCACAAAAAUAUUUUUAAAGAAGCUCAGAGCCAAAAGUGAUGUCAUCGAAUGUCAUGUUUUGUCCGACCAAAAGUCCAAAAAUAUGAAUUUACUAGCACGAUAAGGGAAAUCAAGAAGCUGGAAACAAAUCAUCAGGAUUUUGAUUGAAAUUUAAAAUUUACAGAAAUGACGAAUCAGUCUAAAUAGUUUAUUUGCGAUUUUUUAAAUUUUCAACGACCAAUAGAUCAACUGAAUCAUUGCAGCUCUAGUUUUCAUCAACUUUGUGGAUUGGAAUUGUGAAGAAAUAGCAAAUAUUAAAUUGUCGUCAACAACAUUUAUGUAGCACAUAUUGACUGCCAGGUCUGUUUUACAAAGGAAUCAGCACACCACCUGAGACGUGCUCGAGCAUUAUGGGAUCAUGAUUACAAAUAUAACUCUAAAGGUGUGUUCAGACUGAACACAAAGCUGGCCUGAUUGCAUUCUAAAGUCAAUGCAAAGUGGAUGCAAAUUAUCCCUGCAAGGCGCAAGCUGAGACAAAGACGAGAGCGGGUAAAGUUGAAAUGGUUUCAAAUUAUCAAAACAUUUGUGCUUGUGCCGAGGCUGAAUGACUUCACUUCAUGAAUGUCUAGCAGAAGGAAAAAGAAAGGAAACCGGAUGAAGCAGAAAGAGGUGGAGUUCUCAGGGGUUCUGAGAUCAGUCGCACAGCAGUUACACAAUUUACAAAGGUGAAUUAACAAGUAAUUAAGUGCCUUAAACCUGCAUUGUUUCUAAUGGUCAUCAGGGGGCGACUUUUCUGCUUCAAAAAUAAGUCAGAUUGUAUAGAAGUCUAGGAGAAAAUGACUUGAUUUAUCACCCCAGUUGACAAUGUUAUGGUCUCAAUAGCUAGUUUCAAGUCUUCAGUACAGCAUGAUAUUCAUUUAUUGAAUAAAGGUAAACGAUGGACAAUAAUCUAUAGGUAAACCCUGUGGUUGACAGUGUGUGACCACCACAUUGUCCCGUCUGGGAGUUGUCCAUGUUUUCUUUUCAUGAAAGGUAAUUGGAAUAUGUUGGUCUCCUCAAAAUGUGUCAUUCACGGUUCAGUUGUACUUAGCUGCACCUUCUCUAUCACUUCAGGCCGAAAUGUCGAACUCGAGGCUGCAAAACAGCACUCCACAAACCAAUGGGUGACGUCACAGUGACUACAUCCAUUUAUUAUAUAUACAGUUUGUGAUUAAAGCAUAAAACCACAGCAACUCCCUAACCAUC